ACCACCAGGAACCCAAGAUUCCCUUCCUUAGUGCCUUGGUACACGCCCACCUACGUUAAGGCCAGCCCCAUCGGUGCGCGUUUGUUUCUGUCGCACGCUUCUCACGCCAACGGCAGGGGGGGGUCGACGCAGUCGGCCUCGCGCGCGGGUGGGAUGGAUGGGACAGGACCGGAGGGCUCCUCGAGAGGAGAGGGUGGGAAUGGGAUCGAGGCGGACCGGGUGAGUAAUAAUGUGGGAGCGAUUACCGAGUGAUUGAGUAACCCGGCGGCCGCGCGAGCGACGGAGAGGUAUGAGCGAAUGGGUGAGGGGUCGAUGGACAGGUGGACGGACGGAUUGACCGGCGGAUGGCAGGACGGGUGGUAUGGACGAGAGAGAAGAAGAAACGAAAACUUGAUGAGGUCGGGCACGGAUGAAGAGGGGGGUGUAUUAUGGUAUGAUGAGCAUGUAUGUACCGGCUCCCCUCCCUACCUACCUGCCUACCUGAGCUCAAGAGACACACACACAUUCUCUCUCUCGCGCACACACACACACACACACGCACGCACACACGAGAAUACGACAUACACCGGGUGUACACGCUAUACAUCUUCUACGGCUCUUGUGGUUUCCAGCUGCCGACCUCCCCCGUUCCCUCUCCACGUGCGUGUAAGCAUUUUGUCAUGGUGGCAGAUGAGAGUGUGGGCGUAUCGAGGCGCUGCACACCCGGUUUAUAACGUCCGCUACGUAGGAGGUGCCGCUUCGAAUCUCGGGACGCCUUCGACGAGAGAGGCCAUACACACACACGCACGUAGAAAAGGUUGGCAUUACGAGUCGAUCCCCCGGGCCCCGCUUGGUCUCGCCCAGCUCGUGCUUCCUUCUCGCGCUCCUCACGACGCCAUUCGAUCUCUUGGCAAUGUCACUUUAGGUUAUCGUUCGCUGUGCGGAGUUGAGAGGGGGAACCUAGAAUGGUGAGUAAUCGGGACACAGGCGUCACAUAGCACAGGAACGAGAGCCAGCUCCAUGCCCGCUGUCCCGUCCGCGUCGGGUUAUGCUCGAAGGGCAUUGUGAUCAUCGUGGCCAGUACGAUCGCUGCGGUCCGCCACGGCCCAUCGAUCGGAGGAGGGAAU